AUGGUACAAACAAAGAAGUUCAGAGGUGUCAGGCAGCGCCAUUGGGGUUCAUGGGUAUCCGAAAUUCGCCACCCACUUCUGAAGAGAAGGGUGUGGCUGGGGACAUUUGAAACAGCAGAAGAAGCUGCUAGAGCCUAUGAUCAAGCCGCGAUUCUGAUGAGUGGGAGAAAUGCCAAAACCAAUUUCCCGAUAACUCAAACCCCCGAAGGUGAUCCAAAGAGCAUUGCCAGUGAGGACGGCCCCUCCUCCACCUCGAAGGAUCUCGAGGAAAUCCUGCAUGCAAAGCUUCGAAAAUGUGGUAAGGUGCCUUCACCUUCUAUGACCUGUUUGAGGCUUGACACAGAGAACUCCCACAUCGGAGUGUGGCAAAAGCGUGCUGGGAGACGUUCAGAUUCAAAUUGGGUCAUGACGGUUCAGCUGGGAAAGAAGAGUACCAACAAUGAGACUCAUCAGGCUGAUAGUAGCACUUCUCUUUCUCCACCUUCUUCCGAUCACCACCACCACCAUGACUCUCCAUCGGCUACGAAAGAUCAUCGUCAAGAAGUGGUGAGAGGAGAGAUUGAUGAAGAAGAGAGAAUCGCUCUUCAGAUGAUAGAGGAACUUCUCAACGACAGAAACUGCCCUAGUCCUUCAUUCAACAACAUUCAAGAAAGCGAUGGUGGUGAUCAUGACACCUUUUUUCUUUAA